AUGCGUGAUUUUGUUCAGAGAGUAGUAGAGAAACUCAAUGUGGGAGGAGACAAAGACCGCGUUUCUGUGGUCCAGUACGGUAGAGAUCAAGAAGUGAAUUUCUAUCUGAACACAUACACCACGAAGGGCGACAUUCUUGACAUCGUCAGAGGUCUGAGGCACAGAGGAGGUAGACCCCUCAACACUGGGGCAGCCCUCCAGUAUGUAAGGGACAACGUCUUUACUGCCUCCUCGGGAAGCAGAAGCCAAGAGGGUGUCCCUCAGAUGCUGAUACUGCUGAGUGGCGGGAGGUCCAAUGAUAAUGUUGAUAUACCAGUUUCUGCCCUGAAAGAGAGUGGGGUCUUGAUCUUUGCCAUUGGAAACAGAAAUUCUAGCAAAGAGGUUCAAAGGAUUGCCUCUGACCCCAGUUAUUCCCAGUCUGUUUCUGAAUUCUCUGAUCUCCCCAGCGUCCAGGAUAAGUUUUUCUCCUCACUCAUUACUGUACACGUUGGCGCCACACCCAUUUCCCCAACAGUCAUAGUGGACCUAAGCAUCGCCAGAAAGGAUGUAGUAUUCUUGCUGGAUGGUUCUGAUGGCACUAGGAAUGGCUUCCCAGAAAUGCGUGACUUUGUUCAAAGAGUAGUGGAGAAACUCACUGUAGGGGAGAACAGAGAUCGAGUCUCUGUGGUACAGUAUAGCAGAGAACCAGAGGCCCACUUCUAUCUGAACACUUACACAAGAAAAGAAGAGGUUGUUGACACCGUAAGAGGGCUGAAGCACAAAGGAGGGAGACCCCUCAACACUGGAGCAGCUCUCCAGUAUGUCAGGGACUACGUCUUUACUGCCUCCUCUGGAAGUAGGCGCCUUGAAAGUGUUCCACAGAUUCUGAUACUGCUAAAUGGUGGAAGGUCCUUUGACAAUGUAGAUAAACCAGCUUCUGCUCUCAAGGAGCUUGGUGUCUUGGUGUUUGGAAUUGGAACAAGGAGCUCUGAUAGCAGAGAAUUACAGAAGAUAUCCUAUGACCCCAGUUAUGCUCUCUCCGUGUCUGAAUUUACUGACCUCCCCAACAUCCAACCGCAGCUUCUUUCUGCCAUGAACACUGCCAUUAUACAGGACACAACCAUGACACCAACACUAAUACCAACAAUAGUAGGUAAGAAAAAUAUGGUUUUGAUCUGUUCCAGUUCAUCUUUUACAUUAGGAUAG